GCACUUCUCGCUUAGUUGUCAACUCAAAGGUCAAUCUUGAACCCGCUCCUUCGCUAUCAGAUUUACACUCGUCGGCACGCGACUACGUCUCCUAGCUGCUCCUUGCUAUCCUUCUGUCACCCUGCACACCACCGUCCCCUCCACCACCUUCACACCCCCCCGCUCUCAAUCCCAGAGCGCACGCAUUGCCCUCGCUUCGAUCACUCGCGGCCCCACCAACCUGGCCCCGCCCGUGGCUCAGACGGUGGCCCCGACGCACGCACCGUAAAGCCCAUCAAUAUCGUGUGGAUCCACUGGAACGACUCGCCACCGGCUUUCCCCCCUUAGGCGCAGGCCUCGUCUCACUGCGCCGUCACCACCUCCUUAACAUCGGACAUUCUUGCAAGGCUGACCAUCUCUCGAUCCUCACCCUUCCUUCCACUCGUCAAGCUCCACGACCAUGGGCAACGCUCCCAGUCAUCAGGGCGGAACACCACCGCAUGAGGCGUCCGCGCCCGCACCACCGCCCCCAUUGUCCAAGGAUAAGGAGCCAGCUAAGCCGUCCUCUCCUCCACCGCCCUCGACGCCCCUUCUAAUGCCCUACGGUGGACAUUUGAGCCCACAGAACCCGCACGCCCUCGGUCUUCCCCAGGCGCACGACUAUAGCAAGACAAUAGUGACCGCUUUGAUCCUCGACCAGCAGCUCGCGCCCUUCUACCGCGGUCUCGAUGAUUACGAGGAAGACUGGUCUGAAACAGAGGUGUCGAACGCGCUUGCCGAGACGCGUGAGAAGGACUUUGCAGAGCAGGUGGAGAAUUCGGCAACCUCGCGACUGCGUCAGGAGCGCGAAACGAUCGCCCGCGGUCGACGCCUUAGCCAUGAGGCGGAGCGUGCUGAACGUCAGCGUCGCGAGGAGAAGGCGUACCUCGGCGCACUCGAGUGCCCCAUCUGUUUCCUGUACUAUCCACCAAACAUUAACACGUCCCGAUGCUGCCAGCAGCCACUGUGUACCGAGUGCUUUGUGCAGAUCAAACGCGCCGAGGCCACGACGACACAUCUUGAGAGCGAGCCGGCAUGUUGCCCCUUCUGCGUCGAGACCGACUUUGGCGUUAUUUACGAACGCCCGAACACUGCCAUUGCCACUCCUAGCGGCGUCCUCAGCUCCGGCGGUUGCAGCCCAGCCCCACCACCCUCCGCUCUGGCCACGACUCCUGACGGCGGCACGAGUGCGUUCAGUAACGCCCUAUCGGACGAGCCCCUGUCGCCUGGCGUGUCGGAAUUCAGCACCUUCCGCGAGGAAGGUAGGCGACGCAAGAGUGUCAGCUCCAAGGCCAAGGAGGUCGUGACCAUCGACGCAAUACGGCCCGACUGGGAGGCCAAACUCAAUGCUGUCAAAGCGCAAGCGGCGCGCCGUGCCGCACGCCGAAUCGUCAUGCGUCAAGUCGGCGACCGCCUUAUCCCCAUCGGAUAUACGUCGUCGCGUGCUACGGGACAGGCCGACUUCUCCAUGUCCAUCCCUCCAGAUGAAGGAGGCUCCCGGCGGUCUCGCCGUACACGCGAGCGCGAGCGCGAGAUGGAGGAGAUGAUGAUCAUGGAGGCGAUGCGCCUCUCGUUGCUUGACCACGAGGAGCAUCUGCGCAAGCAGGCCACGGAGACCAAGCCAGGGCAGCAGCAGUCUUCAGCUGCGGGACCAUCCAAUGCAGGGCCGUCGACCGACAACGGAAAUGGCAAUGUGGGCAAUGGCAGAGGGCCAAGCGGCACGUCGUCACCUACGCCCAGCACAAGCUCGCGCCGCUCAUCGCGUGCGACAGACACGCUCGCGAACUGGCGACAGAACGAGGGUGGACGCGCCGCUAAGCUCCUGUCCAAGAUCACUGUGAACCGAAGUAGAGCCAAUUCCAAGUCGAGCGUGCACUUCGCGCCGUCCCCGACCGGGCAGGGCUCGUCUACCCCGAGCGGGAGCCGCGCGCGCUCGUCCUCGACCCCUAGCCCUGCUCCGGGCCUGCACCCAGAGCACGCGCCGUCGCCACUCAGCAACGCCGUGACUCGUCGCUCCUUCGACAUUCCCGGUACCGGGCGCGGUGCCGCGCAGGCACUCCAGGCGGCGCUGGGGCCGGGAGAGCCGACCGAGCCUUCCAUUGCGGAGGUCGCGACUCCCGCAGCCGAGGCGGUGAACGACCCGCUUGCGCGCGAACUUGCCGCCGCCACGACUGAAGCUUGCUCCACCGCGCCCGUCGCCCCUCCAGUUCCUGUGGUCGUAGAGCCGCCUCUCGAUUCUCCACUGACUGAACUUGCCCCGCCUGCGCCCAUCGAGGCCGCGCCCGGCCAGGACCUCCUUUCCCUUGACAGCGCGAGCGACCUCGCCCCUGAGACGGACGUGACCCCGCGCGACUCGCCGCUCACAGACACGACGCCAGCCGCGAGCCCGUCUCGCCGUGCCGGGGCGCUCCCCGACACACCGGCCACAAGCCAAGAGCCGUCUCCCGCGGCGACGGGGAACGAGGCCCUGGCACCUACCGCGCCCAUCGCACCCUCCACAGUUGACAUUCCUAAACCCGUGCCCAAGUCGCCGACGCUGAGCCCAUUCAAGCCCAAGCCAAAUCGGACCGAUACGAGCACGAGCCUUGUCUCGGUCGACGCGGCGAGCUUUGUGUCCCACUCGAGCCUGGGCGACGACGAGAUGGUGCGCCGUCCCAGCGGGCCGCUAGCUGCGCGGGCGGACGACUAAGCGGUGCGGCUGCCACCUGUCCCAUAACGCUGUGUCGCCGAGACUAGAUACACCACGGCGGCACACAUUCAAUUUUCAUUUCAUUGGGCCCCGUUGUUUGUACAGUACAUGCACUUUGUGACGAGCG